AUGGCGGGAAGGCCUCGGUUGGUGCUUGAAGUGGCAGAUAUCGUGGGUUCUUUGGGUGCUGAGCGGUUGGUGACUCCAGCGAUGUACUUGCUUACACUACAGGCUAUAAGAACAAGCAAAGACCGGUCGUUGGUUCGAAAGGCGCUUGCGUUGUAUGUGGAAAUGCACGAGCAGAAGGUGUUUAGUACGGCCAGGGACCGGAACAUGGCUGCUGUGCUUCUUCUAGAGGUGUUUGGUAAUUGUCGAGACUUUGCAGAGCUUUUGAAGUUGAAGAUGGUUUAUGAGAAGUAUAUGACGAGACUGGGGUUGGAGAGGGGGCUUGAAGCUCGAUACAUUGGUGCUUUCGUUUCGGUAUACCUUAAUUCAGGCCAGUAUACGCGAGGAAUUGAUUUAUUUGAAGAGGCUGUGGAAAGGUUAAGGGAGAGUCUGGCGAUAGGCGAAGUGUUUGCGUUGCUUCCAACAAAGAAGGUCUUGCUGGCGAUGAGUCUGCAUCAGGAUGUGGAUUUGUUAGCUAAAUGGCUUGAAAAAGUCUUGGAUUCGGAUCCGUCUUUCUUUGGCUACGAUGUCUGGACAGAGUUCUUGGGCCUAGGCCUCCAGUUAAACCAUUACGGGCUCGUCAAGCUUAUUUAUUCUCGUCUCAUUAUGAAAGGUUUGGAGAAUGUCUCUCUAGAUGAGUUGAUGUUCACUAAGAUGGAUGAACAGAAUGAGGUGCUUUCGUCGCUUAGUGAAAGGACACUCACUGAAAUCUUACGUACCUUGGCAUCAAACGGUGACGUCAACUCCACCUUAGCAUUAAUUGAAUGGCAUUACCUCCAUAAAUCGUUCAAGGGCGAGAAAGGACUCACCAAAGAGCUAUGUCUAGAUAUCAUCGUUUCUUAUUGCUACCACGACGAAGACGUGCCUUCAGGAAAGGACGCCAGCAUCGAAAACACCCUUCGAGUGAUAAACAACUUCACCGGCAAGCUUUCAGCCGAGUUUGACUUGUCUUAUAGAGAUCUCUGUGAAGCCAUGUCGUACCGUUUCAUGAGAUACAACGCUGUGGAUGCCAAUACGGAAGCAGCCGAACGGCGCAAGACAAAUUACCUCGAAAACAAACUCCUCGAAGAAGAUGAAACCGGCGUCAAGCCCCAGAAAGUGCUGAAUGGCAAUUUGCAUACCUCCAAAAAGGGAAACAUCCUUAUGAACGCAGAGAUCCUAGAUUUCUUCGUGAGAGACACUCUCCAGCACAUUCUCCUGGAAAACUAUAACAAACCAACGUUGACUAUAUUUAUCAACUGCUUGCUUCACCAUAUCAUGAAGUACCAGAACGCUACAGGCACAGUUGUUGCUCUUCAAGCCAUGCACCAUAUCAACCCACAUGUGGUUUCGGAAUGGCUUAACCAAGACCUGUACGAUAUAAUCCUACGAACGGUAUCACGUUCACCAGCUGCAAAGUACCUAGGGUACAAGCUAUACCAGCAUAUCACCAAUUCAGGUCUUACCAUAACUUCUGCUCAUUAUGGAGACCUUAUAUCUUCUGCAAUGAAGGGAGAAGAGGAUAACGAGCUCGUGCAAUACUACGUCUCCCAAGCUUCAGAGCACAACAGCUCAUGA